UUGCUACACUGAAACACAGCUCCAAACCCUAUUGUCUGCUCCUUCUCACCCGUGAGCACCUCCUCAACCAGCUCUGAGACACGCCCUCGCACAGAACAAAAGGCAGCCCGGACCCAGCAAUCCGGUCCUGACAAGCAGGUAGCUCCCAGCUCUGCUGCACUCCGCUCGAAAAGACGAGUAACAUCCAAUCCUCAUUGCUCGCUCUGGUUUCCCAGCGAGAGCAGAAUCCCGCCGCAAUGGUUCACACUCUACUCUUUGCGGCAUUUGCACUUUUCGCUCUCAUCGUUGCACGGGCGGCCCGCCGACAUGCCGCCCUCUCGCACUUUGGCGGUCAUUGGUCGGUUGGAUGGUCGCGUCUAUGGUUGCUCAGGACCCAGGGCAGUGGACAGAUGAAUCUGCGCUUCACAAAGAUCAAUCAACAAUUCGGAUCCACCGCCCGGAUAGCACCGAACAUGCUCAUCACAUCCGACCCGGACCUCAUGCGCCGGAUGAAUGCCGUUCGAUCUCCAUUCACCCGCGGUCCAUGGUAUGCUGCUCUCAAACUCCACCCAGACCGAGACAACAUCACCUCCUACACCGACGAGCGCAAACAUGCCGACAUUCGCAGCCGCAUGGCACCGGGCUAUGCAGGCAGGGAAAAUCCUCAUCUCGAACAGGACGUUGACGAUGCCCUGAUCAAGAUGCAUUCUCUGAUCGCAGAGAAAUAUCUCAACAGACCCGAAAACGAUCAGUUCCGCAUCCUCGAUCUCGCUCGUAUUUGCACCUUCUUCACACUCGACGUAAUCUCCAAGAUCGCAUUCGGUGAGCCCUUUGGCUACCUAGAGAACGACGAAGAUCCUUACGGCUACCUGGCCAAUCUUGCUCAGCUGCUCCCAGCGCUCAUCGUCUUCGGCGUCUACAGUGAAUUUGCCAAUCUGAUGAAGAUCCCACUCCUCAAGGCAUCUCUUCCCAAGUCGACUGACAAACGCGGUCUCGGUCGUGUGAUGGGUUUCGCAGCAGCUCGUGUACGGGAACGAUUCGGCACCAAACCCAUCGUUCGUCGGGACAUGCUGGGUGCUUUCAUCAACAAAGGUCUCACGCAAGGCGAACUUGAAUCCGAGACUCUCACUCAAAUCAUCGCGGGAUCGGAUUCGACCGCUUCCUCACUUCGACUUACCCUGCACUUCAUCACGACCUCGCCUCCAAUCCUUGAGCGUCUUCUCGCUGAAGCCAAUGCCGGCAUUGAAGCCGGCCGCAUAUCUCGCCCUGUGAUCAAAGACCAAGAAGCUCGCGGACUACCGUAUCUUCAAGCCUGUAUCAAGGAAGGUCUCCGCAUGUAUCCACCAGUGACUGGUCUGCUUGCCAAGCGUGUCCCGGACGAAGGCGUGCACAUCGAUGUGGACGGCGUGGAGAAGUACAUUCCGGGAGGGGUACAGAUUGGUUGGAACAGCUGGGCAAUGAUGCGAAGAGAGGAGAUUUUCGGGAAAGACGUUGAGAUGUACCGUCCAGAACGUUGGCUGUUGCGACAAGGCGGAGGCGCGGCGGAGGUCGCACGAGCCAAGCGCAUGACGGAGACGGUUGAGUUGUGCUUCGGCUAUGGACGAUUCGGAUGUCUUGGACGAGGUGUUGCGACGAUGGAGCUGAACAAGGCCGUGCUCGAGGUGAGUCGUAUCGUCGCUCCGCCAGAUUUGUUUGCCGACUAA